AUGGACGACAGUGACAGCGAUGCGACCGAUGCGACCUAUUCUCCUUCCGAAAGCUCGAGCACAUCGUCCACCUUCGAAACGCCAGCUUGGCAGAUCCGGUCCCUCGUCUCCGAAGUCGAAUGUCUGAAGAGGGAUGAGUACAGGUUCUCCCGACUGCCCACGAGGCCGCAGCGACGAACGCAACACCGACGAGGUUGGAGUCCUGGCAGCACGCUGGACUGGGUGCUGCUCCUCGCUCUCCUCUCUCUCAUCCUCUUCUCAAGCUGUGUGGGAAUCCCUUGCCUUCUACAGCAGCACCGUCGGAAGGAGAUCCCUCUCCCCGACUUCAGCCCCACCGUCCGACCGAGCGACGUCUUCGCAAUGAGCAAAAUCGCCUUUCAAUUGCCUUCGAGAUGGAUGGAGUGGGUGGCUCUACCACCUCUUGGGAUGAGCAGGCUGAAAGACGGAGAAGAAGGAGCGCGAUAUCACCUUUCCGUACUGCAGCUGUACAACGAAGGAUGGAGUCGUCGGGAAAAUAUCCGAGCACAAAACAGGAAGUCGUGGACCAGAGGGACGAAAGAGGUCGGCGGGUGGCUUGAGAAGAUGGAGGGAUGCAGCUCGUUCCUGACGGCGGAGGAUACGCACGGCUUUGGGAUGCCGCGAGAAGUCGUCCAAGUCGCGGGUUCGGAUAUUGAGGCAUCCUGCCAGGCGCUGCUCCAUGACGCCGAUGGUGUGAAGAAGUUGUCGAGCUUGGUGGACGACAUGCUCGACCACCUCCGAUUCGAGCUUGCGGUCCUCGACAUUCUCUAUCUCCCAACUCUCGCAAAUCUCAGCGCUCAUGCGGAAUCCCAAAUGCGGACCCUCAACGAGGAAGUCUACUCCAUCGCCGUCGAAGCCAGCGAGCGUAGCGAGGGUAGACAUCGGGGGGAUGGGCCCUCGCGGGGGGGUGGGGGUGGGAGUGGGAGCUCGGGAAUCCACCACCUCCUCUCCGAUCGCGACAAGUCCGCCAUCGCUGGAGCUAGACGGGAAUACGGGUUGCUCAGUUUUCUCGCUCUCACAUCCCACGCUUUACCGCCCGGGAUGAGGAAAAGGAAAGAUGGGAUACGAGCUUUAAGGGCGAGGAUCGAGGGAGUUCAGGCGAGGAUUGAGGGGUUUGGGAAUGGAUCUUGCACCACUCCUCUUUGUGUGACGGGCCUGGUGAGGGAGGUUUGGCAGAGGAUUCCCGGGGUGAGGGAGUGGGAUGGGGUUUUGAGGGAGAGGUUUUUGUCUGCUUCUGUCAUCCGGAGGGUCGCAGCCGAAUGGAUGGACAGCCAUACCCUGCAGCAGCAGCAGCAGCACGGCGGUGACGAUGCGCUCCCAAAGACUGCAAAAUCACGACUCCACUUGGGGGGUGGGGGUGGGAGGGCAUGGCGUGGUGGUAUGGGUGGGGGUAAGGGGAUGGAACGGGAUCUCUACAGCAGGAUAUGGCUAGAUCCGACAAGAGGUGCUGCGAGCUGGCAUUGGGAAGGGAGUGGGUCUUGUCCUAACUGGGAUCCCGGAUGCACGGCGUGGGGUGGGGAGCUGGAGGAGAAGUUGUUGUAUACCGACCUGAGGGACUUGAGGAACGAGGGGCAGGAGAACGAGGGGCAGAGGAAAGAGGGGAAAGGUCCGCCCGAGGGAAAUUCCGGGGACUUUUUCGGUUUGCUAGGCAAAGGAGAAACAUGGGAAGAUUAUCGAUAUCGGAUGAUGCCGAGGAAGGAUGGGGCGGAUUUGAGGGGGUGUUGGCCGGGGGGGUAUGGGGAGGGGAAUUUGUGUGGAUAG